AUGGGCAAGUUCAUGAAACCCGGGAAAGUGGUGCUCGUCCUGGCUGGACGCUACUCCGGACGCAAAGCUGUCAUCGUGAAGAACAUUGAUGAUGGCACCUCAGACUGCCCUUACAGCCAUGCCCUGGUGGCUGGAAUUGACCGCUAUCCCCGAAAACUGACAGCUGCUAUGGGCAAGAAGAAAGUUGCCAAGAGAUCCAAGAUCAAGUCCUUUGUGAAGGUUUAUAACUACAACCACCUGAUGCCCACAAGGUACUCUGUGGACAUCCCCCUGGACAAAACUGUUGUCAACAAGGAUGUCUUUAGGGACCCAGCCCUGAAACACAAGGCAAGGCGGGAAGCCAAGGUCAAAUUUGAGGAACGAUACAAGACAGGGAAGAACAAAUGGUUUUUCCAGAAGCUUCGCUUUUAGAUAUAUUUUUGUUUACAUCAUUAAAAGUUUAAAAAAAAA